AUGACUUUUAUCCUUGAUUAAUCAUAACUGGAAUUUGUGCAUACUGGUUCAGCUUUUCACUGCAGGGCCGUUGCGACUGUUGGAGCACCGCGAGCAUACUUAUGGCUGGUAUUGUCACUUGCGAAGCGAAUAAAUUUGGCGAAGCGAACGGUUUGGCGAACACACCUAAAAUUUGCAUUGUGAGUGGCGAAUGAACUUUUUCGCCGGACAUGCGUCGUUGCCAUUCAAACAAACUAAAUGAGUUCAUCCUCAUUUGACGUUUCUGUCAUUUAUACUUCGAAUUCCUUGUUAUUACAAACUAAAAUUUGAAAAGCAAAAUGUUUUAUAACGUAGAUUUAUAUUUUGAGGAUAGUUAUAAUGUUGAACCGCGAGCUAACCUUCUUCGUCAGCGGCGUUUUAUAAGAGAUUACUCUAAUCCUAUGGAGCUGCCGUCCACAGUAUUUAUAGCGAAUUUUCGGCUAAGCAAGGACGCUUUUAUGUAUGUGCUGGACAAAAUCAAGGACAAAUUUAAUUGCCGCCUGUCCUGAUCUGUAACGCCAAUGCUAAAAUUGUGUUGCGCACUGAGAUUUUUUGCGCAUGGCAGUUAUCAGCAAGCUGUAGGAAAUGAAUUUCAAUUGGGUCUGCGCAACCUACAGUUUCGCUAAUUUUAAAGGAGGUAGAAAGAGAAAUUUGCAGUGCUUCGAUAAUCACAGAAAUGACAGAAGAAGAGAAGCAACAGGCAAGGAGCAAAUUUUUCUCCAGAUCAGGAAUACCCAACGUGAUUGGCUGUGUUGACGGAACACAUAUUGCGAUUUAUGCCCCCACCGCAAAUAGACACCUCUAUCUAAAUAGAAAAGGCUUUUUUAGUAUAAAUGCUAUGAUUGCUUGCGAUCAUGACAUGAAUAUCCGGUUUGUGGAUGCUAGAUAUGCUGGUUCUACACAUGAUUCGUUCGUGUGGAACAAUAGUUCAUUAAAGACUUAUUUGGAGAAUAUGCAUCAAAGUGGCGAUCAUAACUCUAUUUAUUUAGGUGAUUCCGGAUACCCGCUUAGUCCUUAUUUACUAACAGCCGCCAUGCAGACUCUGGAACUAGGGAGUCAAUUAGAAACGUCGUUGAACGUACGAUCGGAGUUUUGAAAUGUCGCUUUCGAUGCUGCUAAAGCAACUCCCAUUAUAAAUAUUUGUUGCGCUUUCCACAAUGGUUGUAAGAAAUUUAGAACCAGUGAUCCAGAUGAAGCUGAAAUUUUUAUUGACACCGUUGUAUCAUCAGAUCCAAUCAGUGAAGAUGCCAAUAAUACAUCAGGAGAGCGCCGCAGAAGGCAAAUAGCUGAUGCUUUGUUGUAAAAUUAAUUGCAGUUCGGUUUAUUGAAUAAAUUCAAAAUCAUUUACCUUACUUUUGUUCUUUUUAUUUCAUUUUAUACUUUAGAAUUCUUUAUUAUAUACAUGUUAAAUUAAACCUAAUUGUUUCUAUGCUCUUAAACUUAAUAAAAAUCACAAGUUGAAUU